AUGUCUAAUCCCGAGUCAGUGAUCAUUUCAAACAUUCAACAAUCCUACUACUACAUCUCACUUACCGCCCUUCUCGUGUAUGAUUAUGUGCUGACCAUUCGCAGAGAAAUCCAAUUCAUUUGGGGUAACGAACUAAGGCUCUGGUCGAUCAUUCUAUUCUAUCUCAACCGACUGGUGAUGCUCCUCUUGGCUGCGUCCAGUUUGACGUCUGUAGUUCCGUGGACAACACAAGAGAGCUGUAAAGGAUCAGAGCUGGCAUAUCUGGCCGCUGGACUGAUGACAUAUGUUAUCUUGUCAGGUUUAAUUGUCUCCGCACUCCGCGUCCAUGCUCUCAGUCAUCAAAAUUGGUACUUGUCGGUACUAACAUUGGUUCUGGGAAUGGAGUCGUUUGUUGUCCACUUGUACUUCAGUGCCCAUGGGGUGAUCUAUCUCCCACCAGUCACCAUUGCGAAAACGAUAUCUGGAUGCCAGCUCAUUGAGCCAUUCACUCAAUCCACAGUUGUCAAAGUGACAUACCGCGGAACAUACAACGGUGCAAACCGUGCAAUCAGCCUGGAAAGGAAGCCUUUGCUUGCUGAGCUAUUACUCCGGGAUGGGCAAUGGCGCUGUUAUGGAUUUGGCCUUACCAUCGCCAUCUUCCGCUCGUGUGCCAUCCCUGGCGGCAUCAUACUCAAUUCGAGACAGUGCAAUAUCCGAGCUCUGUGCGCUGGGAUCUACACGUCAGCGGACGUACAUGAAUGGGAGGAUCGACGCGUACAGAAUGCGCCGCUUGAGGGCGAAGAGGAAAUUCGCAUGGAGGCGAGAACCAUCACGAAUAGACAGGCCGGGCGAUCACUCUCGCAGGAGGAAGAUAAUGUGAAUCAGUGUCAUUGCUCGGUAGACAUCAUACAAGGAUCAGCUGUCCUAUGUGGUGGCGUGGUCACGCUCCGGAAUCGCUAG